UUGAAUUGAAUGGUAUGAUUAAAAGUGGCAUGUAACCUAUCACACAUCCAACACCAAUUACAGCAACUCCCUUCCUCGCACUGUAGAGAGGAAAGCAAAGAUAAAAGAAACUUUUUUGAUAGCAAGAAAGAGAAACCAAGAACAAAAAGGAAAGAAACAGCUUUUAUAAUGGAGGAGAGAGAGAGAGAGAGAGAGAGAGAGAGAGAGAGAGAGAGAGAGAUUUAAGGAGAAAGAGAAAGCUCUGCCCUAGAAAUACAUAUGCAUCCCGAUACGUACCUCUGUAUGCAAAGGGAAGGAGCUUUUUUUUUUCUUUUUUCUUUUCUGUACUGUAAGUAAUAAAUAAACGCCUUUCUUCUCACCUUCUUCACUCGAAAAAUGGCCUCUCUUCUUCAUUUCUCUCUCUGCUUUUAAUUCCCUUAACCUCCGUCAAUCUUUCCUUUUUGAAAACAAGGUAAAGAACCCAUCUUCUUCACAGCUUCCUACUUUCAAAAGUCUGAACCUUUAACCCUAGUUUACUAAUGUAAGUUACUUUUUUUUGGGAAAAAAAAAAGGAGCAAAAAGUUCAACCGUUUCUGCUUUGUUUCUCUUAGUUUUUCUUUUCAACUUAGUUUGACUUUAUUUUAUGGCAUUGUCUUCAACUUUUGUUUGCUUCUUUCAUUAUUAUUAUUAUUAUUAUUUACAUAAUUAUGUUAGGGAGCAAAUCGCUUUCUUUGGGUUGUGAUUUUUGAAGUGUGUUAAGGUCUGGGUUUUAGCUGUGGAAGAUGCUUUGUCUUAAAGAUUCAAAGUGCUUUGCUUGUAAACGCUAAAUGCAUCUCCUUGGUUAUUGGAGGUGAAUGCAUGGAUCGAAGGGAUGCCAUGGCAUUAUCAGGGUCUGCAUCUUACUAUAUGCAACAAAGAGGAAUAACCGGGUCAGGGUCCGAACCUGAGUCUGGGAUACACGGAUCUCCAAGCAUUCAUCCGUUCUCUAGUCCAAAUGUACAAUACCAAUCAAGUAUUCCAGUCACUACUGUGGGAUCAACCUUAGCUAUGGAGUCUCCAUCAGGAAUCGCCCCUCAUAGUGUCAAUGUAGGCACACCUUCAGCACAGCCAUCUAGUGAGACAGUGAAACGGAAAAGAGGAAGGCCACGAAAGUACGGUCCUGAUGGGACUGUUUCGUUGGCGCUGACUCCUGCAUCAGCUCCUCAUCCCGUGACCACAACGCCGGGCCAAAAACGAGGAAGAGGGCGGCCACCGGGUACCGGAAGGAAGCAACAGUUAGCUUCCCUUGGUGACUGGCUGUCCGGUUCAGCUGGGAUGGGUUUUACUCCACACGUCAUCACCGUUGCAGUAGGAGAAGACAUUGCAACGAAGAUAAUGUCAUUUUCGCAGCAAGGGCCUAGAGCAGUAUGCAUUUUGUCAGCCAACGGGGCUGUCUCUACUGUAACUCUUCUUCAGCCAUCAUCUUCGGGUGGCACUGUUACAUAUGAGGGGCGAUUCGAGAUAUUAUGUCUAUCAGGGUCUUACCUGCUGAUCAGCAACAAUGGCUCUUGCAGCCGAAGUGGUGCUCUUAGUGUUUCCCUUGCCACUCCUGAUGGCCGCGUCAUUGGUGGAGGUGUCGGAGGGAUGCUUAUUGCAGCAAGCCCGGUUCAGGUGAUUGUUGGAAGUUUUCAAUGGGGUGGUCCAAAGGCAAAGAACAAGAAACCAGAAGGUCAAGAAUGUCUAAAUGACUCGGACAAUCAGAGUGUCGACAAUCUAGUAUCUCCGUCCGGCAUUUCACCAAGUCAAAAUCUGAUUCCAACUUCACCAGCAGGUGUAUGGCCUGGUUCACGAACAAUGGAUAUGCGUAACACUCAUGUUGACAUCGAUCUAAUGCGCGGUUGACUCGUUUCCUCUAAUAGUUUCACAAGCAAUGUACAAAGUUCGCUGCUACAGGCAGCCUGAUUUUCAGCUUGACGGAAUCUCACUUGAUUUUACUCGUCGACAAGAGCGGCGGUUUGGUCCGAUAUUUGUAGCUUUGAUAGACAGUUAGAACUCACGAUUUCUACUGAUCCCAUCGGUACCAUUUCAUUUCUCCAAUUUGAACCAGUUUUAAAUUAGACAUGCUUCAGUCCUCUUUAUAGGCAGCCAUGGUUUUUAGUUAUCUUUAUUUUACUUUUCGACAUUAUUGACAUUUAUGUACCCCGAUCUUGUCGGCUUUAAGCCUCUACGAGGCGUUGAGACAAUAUAUAAAAGAAAUGUUCUCUACAGGAUACCAUAUAUAUAAUUAAAAAAAAAAAGUUGUACAAAUGCCGCAACAUUACAAAGCAAAGCAUGUCACCAACAAUUUAUAAUUAAUAAAUUCCGACCUCAAAUUUUUCAUGCUCGAAUCUAAAAAGAAAUAAUAUCAUAAAAGCUCUUAACAAUUUAUAAAAUUUCACUUUAGCCCAUCUUAAAACUGUAACUUGUAAGUUUAAUCUUAAUAUUUCCAACGUAGUCCUUAAAAUUUAUUAAUUUUAAAAUUAUGUUUAAAAAUAAUAUGCUAUUUAAUAUUUUUCAUUUAAGUUAAAAAUUAUUUCAAGAAUUUAAAAUUAAAAUAUUGAAAUGCAAUUAUUUUUAAAAUAUGAAAUAUAGAAUUUAAGAUUUAAAUGCAAUUUUAAGAUGAAACUUAAAUAUAAGAUGCAAUUUGGAGGUGUCGGCUAUGAAAUUUGAAAAAUUCAGGGAUCAUUUUAUGAUAUUAUUACUUUUAACCUCAAGCAUCCAACUUUGAAGAUGGAAAAAUAUAAAGUGAAUGUUAGAAUUUGGAGGUGUCGACUAUAAAAUCGAAUUCUCAGCAAAACAUCUAUUUUUGAAACCAUUUAGUUUGUUAAAUAUUUUUCUAUUUCAUAUAUACGAAAAAUUUGAAACUGACUCGAUUUUUAUGUAUAUUUAUAUUUGAAAAUGCUCCGGUUUUAGAAAAUUAAAAAAAAAAUGACCUCUAUAAGAUCAGAAUUUUAUGCCAGAGGAUAGUGCAGAACUCAUAAACAGGCCAUCAUUGUAACAAAUAUGGUUGCAAUUUCUUGCAUACAGUAGCCAGACUUGGGAUUUUAUAUCGGCUAACAUUGGAUGCAUAAAGAUAAAGUAGGUACUUGCAUUCACCAAAACAUGUCAGGCAACAGCUGUAAUCGAUGUUUUUACAACACGAAGUUAAGUCCACAGUUCCAAGAAAACCCCACAACCUAUUUACAACAUACUAUCUGUCCUUGCAGGCAGACGACGGAAGAAAUUGAUCGGUGCCGAAGGUGUCUUGUGGCGAAACCUGGGAUGCCUCAUAACAUAAAACCCAGCAAGAAGAGCAAUCAUCUGAAAAGGUGCGACAUACAAAACAAUGGCAGCCACCAGACAUAAUAACACAAAUAUUGUCGUGGCACGAGGAUCCCGCCAGCUUAGGAGUGCCUGAAGCCGCUCGCCUUGUGUAGCUAUGUCACCAACAACAGUCUGAAUUCGCCCUGCGACACUCCUUAAACGAUCAUACCUCAUCCGAACUAUAUCCGA